AGACAUGUUCCUUUCUUGCAAGCCAGAGCCAAAAGUCACCCUGCAACAACAGACUAAUUAGUGUACAGUCGUCAUUUAUUGCAAUCCUAAGCCAAGAACUCUACAAAUUUUGAUGCUGUAUGCAGAUUAAGUCCUGAAGAUAAACUUCUGAUGAUGGAUUCAACAGAGAAUGAGCGGAUGUCAGUGCUUCUGUCAAAAUACAUCGAAAGGGCUUUCUCACUGACACAAGAAGAGGUAGAUAUCAGAAGAAAGUCUUAUGAUUCAAUGGAGAAUUCUGAAUGGAGUGAAUCACUGUCUGUCUUUCGAGCUGGAAGUACUGCAGAGGGACUUAAUCUAUUGGGUUCAGAUGUAGACAUAAUGUACAUUUUGACGGAUUUUAUAGUUAUGUACCCUGAUCAGUGUAUUCCUCCAAAUAUGGCACACAAAACAAUUCUGUACGCAAGAGCAGCAGAUUGCCGCCCUGGCUAUGUCUUCCUACAGCUUCCUGAGUUACAAAAGAGCAAUCACUUAUGGGUAACUAAUGCACUAGUUAGAAUUGAGGAGUCGAUGUUUGUUUCCAGUGAUAUCUUCAGAGAGCACAUAGUCAGUGGCAUGGAUAAACAAAUAAGGCUGAAAGUGGAAUCGAAUGGACCAGCCUGUACAGACACAAUGAAAGGUGGACAAUACGACAAUGUUAUGUGUUUUCCAUGUCAUAGUUGGCCAAGUGAAGCUAAUGAAUGGAUUACACGUACACGUCUGUAUGGAUGGCCACGUCAAACCUUGAUAGACAAUAUCGUACACCAUGGAUGUCAUCUUGUCCCAGUUGGAGACAAGUGUUCUAAGAACACUUUUCUCCAAUGGAGAUUUUCAUUUGCAACAGCAGAGAGAUCUUUAGUUCACUCCUUUAGUCACAUCCAAUUCAAAGUUUAUACUUUGCUGAAAUAUUUUUUGAAACAAAUAAAAGGAAUAUUAAAAGAAACCAUUGGGGAUGACGAUAUCUUGUGCUCCUAUUUUUUGAAGAUAAUCCUUUUUCAUGCCAUUGAGAAUUCCAACCAACUACUCUGGCAAGAGAAAAACCUAUUUUAUUGUUUUUGGUUUUGCUUCAAAAUACUAAUUGCUUUCGUCAGGGCAGGUUUCUGUCCCAGUUACUUCAUCCCAGCCAACAACUUAUUCAAAAGGAAAGUCCAUGGACAACAUCAGCAAAUUCUGUUAGAUGUUUUGAGCAACUACCAUCAGAUGAAGUGGAUGUGUCUUUCAGUAGGAAACUUCUUUAAAACUUCAAUAUGGGAACAUAUGUGUGAUUCUUCAAUACAAGCUGAACUUGUAUGUCCCAAGACUACACAGGACACUGCAUACAUACAAGAUAGAACACUUAUGUGUCAUCUGCGAUACAUAAAUAUCACGAAUCAAGAUGCAUCGAGUAAACUGAUUGUCUUCAGGAAGGCAAUUAAUUCAUUAUCGACAUCACAGUCAGAAUCAGAUGAACUUUUCACAUUCACUUGUGCUAUGCAAAACCUUCAUGAUCUUGCAACAGAGCAGGUUUAUCCGGAGCACAUGGUUGCUACAGACAACAAGACCAGGUACAGAAGUCUAAGGAAAUGUAAACACUGGAUGAUUCGCAAAGCCUCCAUGGGAACUGAACUGCUACAUUUGGCAACUUUUCAUUUUUUGACUGGAAAUUUCUUUAAAACUCUGGAAAUGUGCAAACAAGUGAUGAAACUAGCAUCAUAUUACUUCAGAUAUAGAGAUUUUCAUCCAGAACUACAGGCAAUGUAUAGCCAUUUGUAUCAUCAAUUUGAACAUUCCUCAGACAGGCUGAAGAAAAUGUACACAGGCAUAUUGUCAUUUACAAAGAAAGGCUUGUAUCUUCCUCAUCUCUGUCAGGAAAUAUUAAAAGAACAGACAGAUGUGUCUAUCCCACCACUACCCUAUGCAUUGUUCCUGUCCUUCCUGUGCUGUCAUGAACUUGGAGAUACUACAGGGCGUGAUGACGCAUUAAGGCUCCUCAUAGAGGUCCAGAGUGAUGAUGACCAAGGAGGACACAAAUACUGGACAGUCCACACUCUCCUGGGGAUCUGUUACCAGACACUUGGGGACAAUCACAGGGCCAUCAGGGCUUACUGGGAUUCAGCACAAUCACAGGCUUAUGAUCAAAUAUGGAAUCCUGCUAUUGAGAGGAUAGCUGUGGUGUUUCUAUGUAUGUAUGUCUCACAGAGGUCUGAUAGAGGAUAGCUGUAGUGUAUCUUUGUAUGUAUGUCUCACAGAAGUCUGAUAGAGGAUAGCAGUCGUGUAUCUUUGUAUGUAUGUCUCACAGAGGUCUAAUAGAGGAUAGCUGUAGUGUAUCUUUGUAUGUAUGUCUCACAGAGGUCUGAUAGAGGAUAGCAGUGGUGUGUCCAUGUAUGUAUGUCUCACAGUGGUCUGACAGAGGAUAGCUGUGGUGUAUCUAUGUAUGUAUGUCUCACAGUGGUCUGACUGAGGAUAGCUGUGGUGUAUCUAUGUAUGUAUGUCUCACAGAGGUCUGAUAGAGGAUAGCAGUGGUGUAUCCAUGUAUGUAUGUCUCACAGUGGUCUGACAGAGGAUAGCUGUGGUGUAUCUAUGUAUGUAUGUCUCACAGAGGUCUGACAGAAGAUAGCAGUGGUGUAUCGGGUAUUUAUAUAUGUUUCACAGAGGUCUGAUAGGGGACAGUUACCCUGACCAUGAACUUAGAAAAAAAACCAAAAAAACUAUUCCACAUACCUAUAUAUCCAAGAGUAUCGCCAUGUCAAAUGAUAAAAAGAUUAGUCUUUGAUUCCGAAGUAACAAUUAACCAAUGUACCUAAGAAAGUAUUUAAACCCCUAUUACACAUGUACAUAUCAAAGUGCUUUAUCUUGCCAAAUUUCAGAAAGAUUGGUAUUUUGCAUUCUGGAAACUAAAGUGUGGAUGGACAGACAGAUAGACACAGUGAUUCCUAUAAGGCAUCCAGAUCGGAUGCAGGCCAGGCCUUAAUACUAUUUUCAUUCAAGUAUUUAAUUAGAUAUAUGAUACAGGUUUUCAGCUGCUGAUGAAUCCCUGCUUUAUAAUCUAUGUAACAGAUUACACUGCUGCAGACUUUCAGUGGCCACAGAAUCCUUGCUGUAAAAUACAAUGGAAUUUAAGCAGUUAGGAUGGGUAAUGAGAUACCUGAUCACAGAAACGGAUUUUUUUGCAGUCUACGAUUGGUACAUUUUUAAAUUCAAAAUUUGGUAUGUAGUCAACAAAAUAGCAGUUGGUUUGAAUGAAUGAGAAGACAUAAAGGCCGGCCGGAGCACAGUAAAACUUGUUUGUGUCAAACGUGCUAAACUUGAAUACAGCGGAUGACCUCCCCCCCUCCCUACAGUCAAAUAAUGGUUGUGUUGAGUAUAUAUAUUCCAGUCCCUAUCUUUGUUGGAAAUAACACUCAAUUAUACAAAAAAACAUAUAUUCGUACAAGAGUGCAUCUCUGGCUGAUUAUCAUGAUAUUGUUAUGCUUUCCAUUAAUAUUCUCCCAUACUCGGCAAUUUUACCAUAUACAUUAUGCAUUAUUACUGUGAAUUCAUACUGCAAUAACAUUCGCUUUGGAUCCUGUACAGUGUUCAGUUGAGGACCAUACGUAACCCAAGGACUGUGCGGUCCUCAAUCUGAUAUUGUAUUAUUAUCACUUGCAUUCUAUGUACGGUUUAUAACAAAUAUAUAUAUAUUACCUAUAUUGCAGACUCUAUCUAAUUAGUGAACUAUGUUAUGGGAGUUAUCCCCCUUCCCCCACCCAUUCCAUACUUUGUAAAAUGAGUCCAUUAAAUAUAUAAAUAUCUAAUUGUAUCUAAGUACAUAAUUGGUGGUGAAACUUUAGACAAAGUCUCGAAAAAAUGUAUAAUCUGAAUUACCAAGCAAAUUAUUUUG